AUGAAUUUGAGAGCCCUUUUUAGUGCUAUAGGAGUUCUGGGCUUGUUAUUUCCCACAUUAGGUUUCUCAACUUUCACUGGGGGACUAACCAGCACCAAGUCACAAAAGAAAUAUGUUUUCGCCCAUUUUAUGGUUGGCAUCGUGGAAAAUUACCAGCUCGCAGAUUGGGAGGUGGAUAUGACCACGGCACAGUCCAUUGGUAUUGAUGCAUUUGCACUUAACUGUGCAAGUGUGGACAGUUACACGCCAGCCCAGCUGGCCCUGGCAUACGAGGCUGCCGAGAGGGUCGGCUUCAAGGUCUUCAUUUCCUUCGAUUUCGCUUACUGGACCAAUGGAGAUACAGGAAAAAUCACAGAUUACAUGCGAAAAUAUGCGAGCCACCCAGCACAGAUGAUAUAUGAUGGCGGUGCGGUCGUGAGUACAUUUGUUGGAGAUAGCUUCAAUUGGGUUCCUGUCAAGCAGGGCACGCCACAGGCAAUCCAUGCAUUACCAAAUCUUCAGGAUCCGGCAGAAGCUUCAAGUAAUGCUGCCAGAGGCGCCGAUGGCGCAUUCUCAUGGUACGCCUGGCCUACGGAUGGGGGAAACAGCAUUAUCCCUGGACCGAUGACAACAAUAUGGGAUGACAGGUUUAUCCAGGACCUUGCUGGGGAAACGUACAUGGCUCCUGUGUCACCCUGGUUCGCAACUCACUUUAAUUCCAAGAACUGGGUGUUCAUCUGCGAGAAUUUGCCAACGCUGCGCUGGGAACAAAUGCUCUCCAUGCAGCCCGAUCUGAUUGAAAUAAUCUCGUGGAACGAUUAUGGCGAGUCUCACUACAUUGGCCCGUACUCAGGACAUCAUAGUGACGACGGUUCCUCCCAGUGGGCGGCUGGGAUGCCCCAUGACGGAUGGCGUGAUCUUUAUCAACCAUACAUCGCAGCGUAUAAGGCUGGAGCCAACGCGCCUACUGUGGAUGAGGAAAAAAUUGUGUAUUGGUAUCGCCCUACCCCGAAGAGCAUCAUAUGCACGGGAGACCCCUUACCAGCACCAAACGGCAUUGGCAUGUUGAGCGACAGUGUCUUCGUGACUACUAUGCUGAAAAGUCCUGCAAAUUUGACAGUAAUUAGUGGAUCUAACGAGCCUGCUAUCAUUCCUGUGCCUGCGGGUAUUGUCACCUCGAACGUGACCAUGGGUGUUGGAAAUCAAUCAUUCACUGUGACCCGUGUUGGACAGACGCUUCUUAGUGGCAAAGGAGGGCUGGCCAUCGAAGACAAUUGCACUAAAUAUAAUUUCAAUGUCUAUGUUGGAAAGAUCACUAGCUAG